UACGGAGGGAAAUGUAGUCUCCAAACUGAGUGAUUGGGUUUAGAGCUAAAGACGAAGAUUUAGAAAACUUCUGAGUAAAAACUGCGAGUUUAUUCAGACUAAAGAUGGAUUAAAACUCUUCCUGAACGGUCUUUAAUCCAGGCAGAGUGACAGUAAUGCCCUACAGUGCGGCAGAAGGAGUCUGUCGGUAGCCGAGCCCCGUUUUCUCUGGUUUGUUUACUGCAGCGGGUCAGCCGGUCAUGGCGUGGAGGGGCUUCAUACAGUGGACCAAAGAAGAGCUCUGCAGUUCCUCCACACUCUUUACGAAGACCAGAUUCUCCCUUCAUCCUCAGCAGAGAUGUGGCUUUCGGAAAGCUCAGAGGAAGCCGGAGAUCCGGAAAGAGAACCCAGAGCAAAAUCCCGCUUCAGAUUUGGGGGAAGCCGCAGCUAAGAAGAAAACUCACCCUGGGUCAUCUGUCCCACCUCCUAGAAAGCCAGGACAACUCUUCAGACCCCUAGUGUUCACAGUGGGGUUUACAGGCUGCUCCUUCGGCGCCGCCGCCAUCCUACAGUACGAGUCAGUUAAGUUUCGAGUGGAGACGGCCAUGGAGGAGGCCAAAGAGGAGAAGCUGAAGAAACAUGAACAGAGCCAUGACACAGCAUAUUGGCACAAUUGGUGGAAUCAGCUCUCAGACUUUCAGAAGCAGAUGAUCGUGCUCAUGUCUGUCGUGGAUGACUGGUGGAGCAGAAAGACUGAGGGACAGAAAACAGUCAUGGGUGUCAUAGCUCUGAACACUGUAGUGCUCUGCUGUUGGAGAAUUCCUUACAUGCAGCGCAGCAUGCUAAAGUACUUCACCUCCAACCCUGCUUCAAAGACGCGGUGCCUUCCCAUGGUCCUCUCUUCAUUUAGCCAUUAUUCCAUUCUCCAUAUGAUGGCCAACAUGUACGUGCUGUGGACCUUCUCCACUAGCGUAGUCUCUCUGCUCGGCCGGGAGCAGUUCCUGGCUGUCUACCUGUCUGGAGGUGUGUUCUCCACUUUCAUCAGCUACAUCUGUAAAACAGCCACAGGCCGCCUGGGUCCGUCUCUCGGAGCUUCAGGUGCAGUCAUGACGGUUCUGGCCGCUGUGUGCACAAAGAUGCCUGAGGCUCAACUGGGAAUCGUCCUGCUGCCUAUGCUCAGCUUCACAGCAGGAACCGCGCUGAAGGCUCUUGUUGCCUUUGAUACAGUUGGUCUUCUUUUGGGCUGGAGAAUGCUGGACCAUGCGGCCCACCUUGGCGGGGCGCUGUUUGGAUUAUGGUACAUUUCCUACGGUCAUGGCCUGAUCUGGAGAAAGCGGGAGCCAUUGGUGAAGUUUUGGCAUGAUUUGAGAAGAGGCCCGUCUGGUGGAGCGCCACCUGGUGGAGGUGGAGAUUCUCGUGUGUAGGAUCCUGUACAGUAACGCUCUGGUCUCAGAACUGGAAAUGUAACAUCAUGACACUCAGAUGACCACUACUGUGGGCUUUUUUUUCAUGUACCAGUAGUUUUGAUUGUCACAUUAAUUCCUGCUGUUAUAUGUGUGUGAAAGUGUUUUUUUAAGCAUUUUAUUACAUUUCUUCAUAAAAUGCUGACUCAAAAUGGCUUGAUAAGAAGAGAAUUGUGUUUAUCGAGGUUUUGAUUUUGAGAUGGAGCUUUAUAAAAACGUUUCUUUGGUUCUCUCAGUUGCUGUGAGAGUGACAUUAUGCUAAUUAAAUGCAAAAAUAAAGGUGUUACUUAUUAUAACAACAGAUCUGAGUUGAUGUUACAGGACCACAUGACUCAAAGGAGAUUAGAAGUAUGAUCGUUCCAGAAAGGUCUUUUCUUCAUUCUGUGUUUUAUUUAUGUACACAGUCCUGUGUAUUCAUGAGGAACAGUUAUAAACCCACCACUUAUUGUAGAUAAACAAGUACAGUUGAUAUGUAAUUGAUUCUGUGAUGCCAAAGCCCCAUAGACCAUUAUAGAAAAUGUUAAUUGCCCAUGUCUUUACAGUUCAGACAUACACCAAAUGUAUCCAGGCAUCUGCUUGUCCAGUAUUUUUCUUGAAAUCAAGUAUUAAUAGGCAGUUUGUCUGCAGUAACGGCCUCUACUCUUCUAGGAACGUCACUCCAGCUCAUCCCAAAGGUCUCCAGUGGAGUUUAAUCACACCAACUCGUCCCAAAGAUGGUUAAUGGAGCUUUAUCAGCCCAACUCAUUCCGAAGGUGUUUAAUACAGCUUCAGCAGUCCAACUCAUCCCAAAGGUUUUUAUUCAAGCUUCAUGACUCCAACUCCUCUAAUUGGUGGUAGGUAUAGCUCUAUCAAUCCAACUUGCCCCAGAGUUCAGUGAAGCUUAAUUACUCCAACCCAUCCCAAAGGUCUCCAGAGGAGUUUAAUCACACCAACUCGUCCCAAAAAUGGUUAAUGAAGCUUUAUCAGCCAAACUCAUCCCGAAGAUGUUUAAUACAGCUUCAUCAGUCCAACUCACUGCUUCAGUCCAACUUUAUUACUCCAACUUAUUCCAAAGGUUUUAGUGGGAUUUAAUCACUCCAGCUCAUCACAGAUGUGUUUGGUAAAGAUUUGACACUCCAGAGAACAAAGCUCCACUGCUCCACAGGCCAAUGUUAGCCUCUUAGGGCAUGGAUGCUUCAGAGCAUCACACAUAGACUUUUGGACUUCCAGAGCUUGGGAGAUAGUGUGGCUGUAUGAAUAAAAAUGAACACCGGUGUGAGCAGG